AUGAAAAUAAUCCUCGUCUUGCUCCUAAUCGCUGGAGUUGCGGCCACAUCAAGAUAUGACGUACGACUGAACUACUACCAUGCCCCAUUUCUGGCGAACACUACCAAGGAAAGUCGAGAUGAAUAUAAAGCAAUAAUCACCAACAGCAAGCUCUCAGAGGUCCAAGAGCAGGAGAAAAUUGCGGCAUGGGCGAAAAAGUAUAAACGCACGGAUGAAUUGAAGAAAUUCAAUGCAAAAUUGGAUGAAAGUAUGAAACUGCUAAACGAGAACGGUCCCCAAAUUGAUUGCAGUCUUGCCAGCCACUUAUAA